CAAACCUCAAUCCCGACCCGACCGUCUCCGUCGCCGUCGUCACCAGCCCGCGCUCAAUUUUGCCAAUUCCACCUUUAAUUGACAAAGCGCACUCGCUCCAGCAGAGAGAUGGAUCCAGGCCGGUCGAGCGACGUGUCGCCAGAGGCGAUGCAAGCACGCAUCCAGCAGGCACGUCGCGAGGCUGAGACGCUCAAGGAUAGGAUCAAGAGGAAGAAGGAGGAGCUCGCGGAUACGACGCUCCGCGCCGUCGCCGCUCAGGCCCACGAACCGAUCCCCAAGACCCAGUUGAUGAGGACGAAGAGAACGCUUAAGGGCCAUCUCGCCAAGAUCUAUGCUAUGCACUGGUCUACCGACCGGAGGCACCUCGUUUCGGCAUCACAAGACGGCAAGCUGAUCAUUUGGGAUGCGUACACAACAAACAAGGUCCACGCCAUUCCGCUUCGAUCGUCGUGGGUCAUGACUUGCGCCUACGCCCCGAGCGGAAACUUUGUGGCGUGCGGCGGUCUCGAUAAUAUCUGCUCCAUCUACAACCUCAACCAGAACCGCGACGGGCCCACAAGGGUAGCCCGGGAACUGUCGGGCCACGCCGGCUACCUAUCUUGCUGCCGCUUCAUCAACGACCGCAGCAUACUUACUUCGUCGGGCGACAUGACGUGCAUGAAGUGGGAUAUCGAGACCGGGUCCAAGGUCAUGGAGUUCGCCGACCACCUGGGCGACGUCAUGAGCAUCAGCCUCAACCCCACUAACCAAAACACAUUCAUCUCUGGCGCCUGCGAUGCCUUCGCCAAGCUGUGGGAUAUCCGAGCCGGCAAGGCCGUGCAGACGUUCGCCGGCCACGAGUCCGACAUUAACGCCAUCCAGUUUUUCCCCGACGGCCACUCUUUCGUAACAGGAUCCGACGAUGCUACCUGCCGGCUGUUCGACAUCCGCGCGGACCGCGAGUUGAAUUUCUACGGGUCCGAGACAAUUCUCUGCGGCAUUACCUCGGUUGCCACCUCUGUGUCCGGGCGGCUGCUGUUUGCUGGUUACGACGAUUUUGAGUGCAAGGUUUGGGAUGUUACCCGGGGCGAGAAGGUCGGCUCCCUCAUUGGCCACGAGAACCGUGUCAGCUGCCUGGGUGUGUCAAACGACGGCAUAAGUUUGUGCACGGGUUCUUGGGACGCUGUGCUUAAGGUGUGGGCCAACAACUAGUUGUCCUUCUGAUGACAAGAUCUGCAUUGCUGCAGUACUGGAUACCCGACCCCAUCGCGCCGCCCGAAAAGACUAUCGAGUGCCCGUUUCCCUGUUCUUAAUCCAGCCUUGUUGACACGCCUCUUCUUAAUCUCCGGCCCGGUGUGCGCAACACGAAGUCACGACAACGACCCGUCUCCGUUU